AUGCCUUCUCUCCAUGAUCUCGCAGUCCCCAAGGGCUCGACGGUUCUCGUUACCGGAGCCAACGGCCUUUUGGGCUCGCAUGUUGCUGACCAAUUCCUCGAGUAUGGCUACAACGUCCGUGGUACUGUCCGAGAUAUAGGGAAGAACGCUUGGCUGGCCAAUGUCUUUGAGAAGAACCAUGGGCCAGGACGCUUUGAACUUCACCAGGUGGCAGACAUGGCUGCUGAAGGGGCUUUUGACGAGGCCGUUAAAGGUACUCACAACCAUCAAAUGGGCGUCUCUAUCGUCGCCCAUACAGCCUCCAUCAUGUCCCUUGAUCCCGACCCACACAAGGUCAUUCCCGAUGCUAUCGCCUUUGUUGUCAACGCUUUGAAAGCGUCCUACGGCGAGCCCAGCGUGAAGCGCUUCGUCUUCACCUCGUCGUCCGCCGCGACCGUGUCUUCGGCCUUGGACACGCCAGGUAUUGUUGUUACUGAGGAUACCUGGAACGAAGAUGCUGUCAAGAAAGCUUGGGCAGAGCCUCCUUAUGGCAUGGAUCGCGCGGGAGCUGUGUACGCAGCGAGCAAGACCCAGGCGGAACAAGAAGUGUGGAAGUUUCACAAGGAGAACCGAGAAAACCGCCCUGAUCUUGUUGUCAAUACCGUUCUUCCAAACUUUAACUUCGGCAAAGCUCUUGAUCUAAUUAACCAAGGAUACCCUAGCAGUUCUGGAUUUCUUGUUGCUCUGUACAAGGGAGAAAUAACGUUCGUGCAUAAGCUUGUUGUGCGCCAGUACUACGUCAACGUCCAGGAUACUGGUAGACUCCACGUCGCCGCAGCUAUCUUCUCUGGCUUGGAGGGUCAGCGCAUCUUUGCAUUUGCAGGACGGUUCAGCUGGGACCAGGUUCUGGAGAUCCUACGUAAGGAUCAGCCAGAGAAGAAGUUCCCCGACAACUUUUCAGGCGGGGAAGAUCUUAACGAGAUUAAACCUCGUGAUAAGGCAGAGCAAUUACUUCGGGACUUGGGACGACCGGGCUGGACAAGUUUGGAGGAGACCAUAUUGGAUAACGUCAAGGAUCUGAAAGAGUAGCAAGCCGAUGUCACACAAUCUAUGACGUCUAAAUGACGAUGACGGACGAGGCACGUUGGAUUAGAAUCUAGGAGCAUACACGAUAAGUG